UUUUCCCCCACCCCUUCUUCUUCUUCUUCUUCUUCUUCUUACCUUUUAUACACAAUAUGAGAUUCUCUCUUGCCACACUCUCUGCCGUCCUUCUUGCCAGCUGUGUUACCCUUACCAAGGCAGACGAGUACGCCGAUGCAAUUAAAGAGUGGUGCAAAGGUCUGACUGUACCCUCUCCCGAUGAGAACGCUGUAUUCGUUGCUGGUUCAGAAGCAAAGGUCACAGUCAACAGAGUACCUGAUGCACACACAAAGACCGUCACAGGUCUUGAUCUUUACUCGGUAUCGGCUACUGGACAGGCUCAGUAUGUAAAGAACGUCUGGCACGGAAGCUAUGAAUUGAACCAGCAGGCAUCGAUCCCUGACACAAUCCCCCAGAAUGCCUCUGCAGGUCUUUACUACUACCGUGUCUGGGUCACAAAUCAGAUCAAUGGUCAACAUGGUCCAGAUUGCUUGGAAACAACCCACACAUUCAAGGUCACCACUGGUCUGCACACCAAUGAUGAUGGCUCGACUCAAUACAGCCAGGCCUUGAACAAUGCUGCAUACUACCACCCUGAGCACUUUAAGGGCUGCUUUGGUCUGGAAGUCAAGUCUCCCAAGGAGGGUAAGGUCUACACAGAGGGUGAGCAUGCAGCCAUCAUUGCCGAACGUGACUCGUCUUCCCAGACCGGCACUCUCAAGAAAGUUCUCCUCUACAAGGUCAAGGGCGACACUGAAGAAGACGAGCUGGUCGAUACUGUCUGGACUGGCGACGAGAGCUUCACCAACAUUGUGACCAUCAAAGACCAGGUUGUCCUACCCCAGGCCAACCCUGUUGAUGAGAGUGCAAGCUACUACUAUGGACUUGUCGUCUCAUCCAAGAAGUCUGAUGAGGACUGUACCUUUGCCUCCAAGAACUUUAAGAUCAAGAAGGCUACCUAAACGUAUCUAACAUAAACCCACUCACUCACUUGCUCAUUUACUCACCACAUUCCCUUUCUCUUUUAUUUUUUUUUAACUUCAUUAUCAUCAUCAUCAUCACUACCACCACCACCACCACCAUCAUAACUACACUCCCCCUUUUCUCCAAAAAAAAAAAAAAAAAAAAAAAAAGAAUCAAACCCAAACCCAAACCCCCUCAAAAAAAAUAUAUAUAAUUAUACAAUUAUAAUUUGUUGUCCUUGAUGCUAUUCAAUCAAUAUAUAUAUUUUACUAUUAU